CGUUGCAAAAUUCUUAAAAAAUUAGUAAUUAAUAUGGCUAACGAAUUCUUAUUACUGUUAUUAAAUAAAAUAUAGAUUAUCAAAAUAAGACUCACAAUUUAUUUUAAAUUCUGUUAUCUGUCAAAUCUCCAAUUUAUGAGGUUUUAAUCGUAUAUCGGAUGAGAGUCAAAGGCGAAACCUACAAAGUACAAGUCAAUUAUUUUUACACGGAGUCAUGUAUCUUAUCUCAUUUCUGCUAAUGAUCUAAGUGUGCACCACAAUGAGUCAUAGUAAUUAAAGAAAUUACAUUACUUUAUACAUUUAUACCACAAAGGAGCUAUUCACAAUGCUCCAUGGUUACUUCAUGCCAACAAAUAACUUAUAAGUCAUGUUUUAUAAUUCGUUGCAACUUGCAGUUUUAAACUUAAACUCACCGCGGAAUGUCUGUGUUAAUUUCUGACUUUGUUUGAGAAAAAUUAAUGUAAAGAUUAUAUUUAAAAAGAAACGUUUUCAUAAUCAUGAUUACAUAAAAACAAAAAGUGCUUGUUACCAAGAAUGAAAGAUAAAUAUAAGUACUGACGAUGAGACAAGAAGCAGUUUUAUUAUAAACUUAAAUGACCAUGUUGAAUGCAUUAUCGCAGAUCCAAAAGCAAAUUGAGAGCAGAAAAAAAAGAUGGAGACGGCUGUUCCAUGCCAUAGAUUUUCAAUCUUUGAUGUAUCCAUGUUUUAUCUUUUGCCGUAUUCUUGGAAUAUUUCCAUACAAGAUUAACGUCUUAUCUUUCGAAAUUUCUAAACUGUGCUACUUUCUAUCAACUAUAGUUACGUGUAUUUUCUGCAUUUUCACGACAAUAAUAAUAAUGGACGUUGCUGGAUGGUUCAAUGUCCAAAACGUACACGAAAUUAUUCAACUUAAUUCCUUCUACAUCUUUGGCAUUAUCAUAAUGAUCGUGACGUUCGUUUUAAGCGGUCCACGAAUGCGUUUGCUUCAGACUAUAUUAAAAAUCUCCUCAAGACUUCCUUCACAGAUGUAUCGGAAGCAGUCUAUGCUAAUCCACGCCAAGGACAUUUUCAGUUUUUUUUUCUUACUCGUGCAAACACUCAUCUUUUAUAACAAAAUGCAGCUAUCUAUCUUGGUCAAAGUGAAUUCAUUGUACAUUAGUCUGCUAGUGUUACAGAUGGAUAUGCUGUACAUAAAUUGCGUCUGUGUAUUAAAAGCUUGUUUCAAAAGAAUCAACGAUGAUAUGGCAAAUUUAAUCAUAAACGACGAUUCACAUUUAGUCAGUUGGAUCAACCGUGAACACAGAAACUCUCUUUUGUUGGAGCUUACAGAUAUGAAGAAGCAACAUUUGAUGGUUAGCGAAGCAACGAGAAAGUUAAAUAUAAUUUUCAGCCCGCAGCUCCUAGCCACUAUGGCCGUAAUCUUCAUCAUGAUUACUUUUGAAGUAUACUUCAAUAUGGUGCAGUGGCAAAAUGGAUUGUUUAUUAGUUGGACUAAGCAGAUUUAUCACAUUGUUAGAAUACCUUAUAUCGCGUAUUAUCUUAUAAAAAUAGCAUUAAUAGUAUGGGCCUGCGAAACUAGUAAGAAUCAAGCUAUAAAAAUUGGCACUAUCAUUCAUGAUGUACUUAACAACACUGACGACGAGCAAAUCAAACAUGAGUUGCGGCUGUUUUCCUUGCAAAUAAUGCACUGCCACAACACAUUCUCCGCGAAAGGUUUUACUCUGAAUGCAAAGCUUAUCACAUCGAUGAUAGGUACUAUUGCUACAUAUGUUUUAAUUUUGAUCCAAUUCUUAAUUGCGUCGCAUUCAUGUGACGGAAAGACUGCAAUCAACUUUAUAGAAGCAACUUAAAUUAGUCUCAUAAAAAUAUACAUAACCGGUAAAAGAAAUUUAUUCUUAAAUAUUGGAAACAAUUUUGGUUUUUGUUAUUGUAUAUAUCGUCAUCAUUGCAUACAGUCUUCUAUUAUAUUUAUAUAAGUAUAAUUAAUUGUAUUUAAAAUAUACAAUGAAUGUACUAAUAACGAAACAAAAUUUAAUCUCAAAAUGGUAAUUUGAAAAAUUGUACAUUUCAUUUUGAAAUUAAAUGAUCGAUGUUGAAAUAUCUUCAAGAAAGCAAUAAUUAACGUAGACAACGUAUAUAUUUCUUCUUAUUUUAUUCAAAUAUAUUUCAUCUAAUCAUCUGUAUGUUCAUAAUGAGUCAUACUAAUUAAAGAAAUUACAUUCUAUAGUUUUAUACAUUUGCGUCAUAAAGGUGCUGUGUACAAAGCUCCAUGGUUACUUUAAGCAAACAAAAAUUUGUAAGUCAUGUCUAAUAAUUCGUAGCAUCAACUUGUAGUUUUUAAAUUGUACUCAUUGCGGUGUGUCCAUCUCAAUUUCCAUAUUCGUUGUGCAAAAGUUAAGAAAAAACUAGACUUAAGAAGACGUUCUCCAAAACAAGCUCAUGUAAAAACUAAAACAAUUACUGGCCGUGGAAUAUUUAUAUAAAUAAAAAUGAGAAAGACAAUUUUCAAGUAGAUCGACCAUAAAACUUAACUAAUCAUGUUCAGUUCACUGCCAAAAGUCCAAGGACAUAUUAAGAGGAAAGAUAUAAAGAGAUGGUGGCUCUUCGAUGCUACAGAUUUUCAAUCCUUGAUGUAUCCUUGUUUCACCUUUUGCCGUAUUCUCGGAAUAUUCCCAUACAAAAUCAACGCUUCAGUCUUCGAGAUAUCUACACCAUACUACUUAUUUUCCAUUAUAGUUAAGUGUGUCAUCUGUACGCUGAUAAUAAUAAUGAACUAUUCCGGAUUGUUCAGUGAUCUAAAUGAAAGCAGAUAUAUUGAAAAUAUCUGUGCCCAUAUGCUCUAUAAUUUUAUAAUGAUUGUUACAUUUGUUUCAAACGGUCCACGAAAACACUUGCUUCAGACGAUAUUGCAGAUUUCUUCAAGACUUCCUUCAGAAAUGUAUCGGAAACAGUCUAUACUAAUCCAUUCCAAGGACAUUAUCGGUUUCAUUUUUUUAAUCGUUUAUUCAUUGACAUGUUAUUAUUACGCUCCUGUCAGUGCUUUAAUUGAGAUAUAUUUCUUGUACCACACUCUGCUAGUGUUUCAGAUAGAUAUGUUGUACAUAAAUUGCGUUUGUGUAUUAAAAACUUGUUUCAAGAGAAUCAAUAGUGAUUUGGCAAAUUUACUUAUAAACGAUGAAUCGCAUGUAGUCAAGUGGAUCAAGCAUGAGCAGAGAAACCCUCUCUUGUUAAUGGAGCUCAAGGCGUUAAAGAAGGAACAUUUGAUCGUUAGCGAUGCAGUGCAGAAAUUAAAUAUAACAUUCUGUCCACAUCUGCUUGCAACUAUAGCUUUGAACUUUAUCCAUAUUACUUUCGAAAUAUUCCUCAAUAUGAUACAGUGGAAAAACGGAUUAUCUAUCAGUUGGAUUAAUGAAACUCAACACGUUUCGGUACCUUAUAUUGUGUGCUUGCUUAUAAAAAUAGCAUUGAUAGCAUGGGCCUGCGAAACCGGCAAGAAUCAAGCUAAAAAAAUUAAUACUACGGUACAUGAUGUACUUAAUAGCACUGACGAUAAGAAAAUAAAA